AUUACAAUCAGUCCUGGAUGACACUUGCAGUCAUGACUCGAGGUUUUAUCCAAAAAUCAUUCACCUACCUCAGCAACAGUUCCCAGAAAUAGGCUCGCCAACUGACCGAAGCCCUCCCCUUGCAGUGCCCCCUCUGCCCACCGGAGCACCCAUGUAAUGGCCGAGGAACACCCUGAGAAUGACCAGAAGAGCCUCAUCGACCUCUCCGAGGAGAACCUCUUCGAGUUGCGUUGCCUGAUCAAAGCCUCAGGGAUAAUCCACAGCGCAAGAUGCGAAGUUGGUCGUCGUCAGCUGCUGGCCUUCACCACUCGCCGGACAGACGUGGGGAUAUACUACCACUCGGACAUCCACCAGCUCCCAGUGAUCAAGAGGAUCCCCUGGUACAGAGCCCCAAGCCGUGGCAUUUCAGCCCUCUGCUUCGACCCAACAGGCACAUGGCUGCUGGCAGCGAGUGCAGAUGGCUCCCUGCACAUUCUCCCAGCCUUGGCCCUGGUGGACGACAGCCAAGUGGUGGACCACAAGUGGUCGACCAAGGACGUCACCCCGAUCCCCAUAAUCGACCUGCAGUCCUCGUACUCUCGUCCCACAGCGCUGACCUGGUGGCAGGGGGUCACCCAGUCGAGUCACAUCGGUGUAGUGGGCACUGAGGAUGGCGAAGUGAUCUUCGUAAACCUGGAGAACGGCCAGUGGAUCGGUUCGACGCGGGUCAGAGGCUCCAUAUCGUCACUAGACAUCUGCCAGGACAACAAUCUCGAAAUAGUCUCCCUUCUGAUCACCAACAGGACGCGCCAGCAGUGGCGCCUGGUCCUGGAGCAGAGAGCCAACGGCUGCAUCUUCUCCCUCCACAAGAGCUCGCCCUUUCACUCGAGAAUCGAGACCGAGGAGACCAAACCCUUCCCCACGAGGUCUCGCCUCCAAGGCUUGAAGCAACUGUCAGUGGAGAAAUUGGCGUCAUUGAAGCAAAAACUCGCUGAAUCUCGAAACAAAAACCCUGGGAGCUCGGUCUUUCGUCAGGACAGUGGGAGCAGCAGUGGAGCCGAGGACUCGGACCCCUCGGGCAGACGAGACACCCUGGUGACCCCGGAGCUCCUCUCAGAGGACACCUAUCUGUCCCCCCAGUACACGAGACAGGGCCAGCACCUGUACACAGCCUACUGCGAGGGGACGAACCACAUCACCAUCCACGGGACAGACGUCUCCGUCAUUCCCCUCCACAUGUACAAAAUGCCUGAGAUCUGCACUGACAUUCUCCUGACUCAAAGGCUCUUCUUCACGACUGGCCCACGAAGAAGAACCCUGUGGAUGAUCUCCUGUCCCCUGUCCGAGGUUCGGAUAAACAACUCCGAGGACUCCCACUUCAACCCCGAGUCCGUAAUCUCGAGGUUUCAGUUUGACGAUGGCAGGGAAGUGAUCACCCACGUCUUCAGGGCUUCCGACUACAAAUCCACCACUGAUGACCAGCAGUCCUCCAAAGACGACAAGAAAAAGAUUCUUCCCUGUAAAAUCGACGAUCUCAACAUUGAGGUGCCACCAGUGGACACUUGCGUCGUCGUCACCAACUGUGGUAUCUACAAAAUCGUCCUGAGGAGGCCCUUGCUGACUGUGUUCAUAGAGCUGGCACUAAAGAACAACAAGAGAGAUAUUGAAAAGGCUGCGAGACUCGGUCUAGUAUUCGGUAUCAAUGUUCCUCAGCUAUUCGAGUGUGCAGGUGACAUUCACCUUGCUAACAGCAGGUUCACGGAGGCAGCUGCACUCUACAAAUUGUCUAGGUGCAGGCUGUUGAAGGGGGUGCUGAAGACGGCAGCAACUGGACACACUGAGAAGCUUCUUGGAUGUCUUGGGCACUGUCUCACACCACCGGCUGUCACCGAGCUCACCACAACCACUAGAAUUCAUUUGUCUAAUCUGACAGUCUUUGCGUUCAGUGAAUUAGUCCUGAGGGCGUCUCCCAGCGAGGCCACUGGGAUCUACAAGGACUUCCUGCUGUUUCUAUCCAGGAACACGUACUAUGAUGAACGGUGGGUGGUGGACGUGGUGGGCCAGACCUGCCUCUGGAAGGUGCUGCAUCACUUGGCCAGUCAGAGAGGGCUUUACGCCCAAGUCCUCGACGUCCUCAUCAAGGCAGUGCAGUCGUAUCCACUGUCACCGACGUCUCCUUUGAACAGCAAGUACGGUCUGAUGAUCUGCAUCAGUGAGCCCAGUCUCCUCCAGUCGAUGCUGUCAACGCCAGCCCUAGCCCGGAGCCACAUGUCCUUCGUCCUGUCGAACCUGCAGGACUUCCAGGUGUUUGUCCUCCAGCGAUUGGUCACCCUCUACGACCCAACGAACCCCAUCUUCAGGCCACUGUUGGUGAAGUACAGGGCAAGAAGAAGAACAACGUCUCACAGCUCUCAGUCGAGUCAGUGUGACUCUCUGGACUCCUCUGACAUUCUCGACGAAACUGGAUCGUUGGUGGAGGAGUUGAUUGAGACCUUUCUCUACGUCCUGCUGACCCUCAUCAGCAAGCGUUCGCCUGUCCUCAAGCACAAUCCCUCGUUAGUGGCGAAGAUCAAUCAUCCGGGGGUUGAAAAACGUCACAAUGUCGUUACGAAUGUUAAUUUCAAGAGGAGAUUGCUGGCAGCUGGGUACGGGCACGUGGCCUUGAUCAGGAAUGGCAACGUCUUCACCUGGGGGUCUAGUUCUCAAGGAUGCUUGGGGACUGGGCCGUCGAUAUCUAGGUACGGCUCACCCCAGGCUAUCACUGUCUUCAAGACGAUGGAGAUGGAGGUGCUGAGUGUCUCCUGCGGGCGAAAUCACACUCUGGCUGUCACCAAUAACGGGGUUUACGCCUGGGGAGGGAGCCAGUAUGGGCAAUUGGGUCUUGGAAGGGUCCUUCAGUGUCCGAGUCCAGAGCUGAUAAUCUCCCUGGCUCAGGAGGUGAUCGUUGAUGCUGUGGCUGGGCAGUACCACUCGGUGGCACUCACCAUGGACGGAAGAGUCUUCACUUGGGGGUGGGGAGUGCACGGACAGCUGGGGCAUGGCAACACGAACGAAAGAAAUGUCCCGACUCUCGUCGAAGCUCUCCUGGGGAUUGUCAUCAGGACAGUUGCAGCUGGACACGCACACACUCUCCUUUUAUCUGACGAUGGAGUUGUCUACGCCUUUGGCUGCAACAUUUUCGGACAGUUGGGCACUGGGAACACCACCAAAUCCACAGUUCCAAUCAGAGUCUCAUUGCUACCAGACCCCAUCUCUGAUAUUGCCACGUCAUACUUUCAUAAUUUGGCUCUGACGACCAGCAACAAGCUCCACACCUGGGGAGCGAGUCCUCAAGUGCUUCGUCUGCAAACUCAGGCCCAGAAGAAAUCGAAACUACUGGAGUUCCAAGCGGCUGCCAAGAAAUACGCCGAGAGCCUGGUGGACUUCGACCCGAGUGUUGAAUCAGGGGACGAGGAGCCCAGUGGCGACAUAUCGUCCAUCGAAAAAUUGGCCAUGAAGACAGUGAACGAACGAAGACAGAACUGUCCCAACGUAGCGAAAAUCGUGGUGAGUCUGAGGGACAUUAACCUGGGGCUUCUCGAGGAGACUCAGGUGCACCUGAAGCCCAGCCCAGUGGACACACAACUGGUGAACGGCAGGAUAGUCCAGAUAUCCACAGGCUGUCACCACUCAGCCCUCCUGACGAAGGAUGGAACUGUCUACACCUGGGGGAGGAACCUGGACGGCCAGAUUGGGAACAGAACUCGAAAGGACGUCGCCAUUCCGACCCCUCUGACCUACAAUGCCGUCUCCAUCCUGGCGCAGGUCCCCCCGAGAAACAACUCCAAGCAUCGAGCUCAGGAUAACGAAGAGGACGCCAACAUGAACGACACGAGGGGCGAUAUGAUGCACCUGGGGACAGCGACGUUGAGGGUCUGCUGUGGGUGUGAGUUCACAGUGGCCAUUCAGCCUGGUGGGGGGGUCCUAGCCUGGGGGAGCAACAGCCUAGCACAGCUGGGGCGGCCACCGAGCAAGGAGAGCGGUGGGAGUGUAGCUGAGAAACUCGUUCUCAUUAAAUCCUCGAAACGAGUGGUGAGACUUCCUCAUGGAGCUCAUGUGGCUCAAGACUCGCCCAGUCUGGUUCCCCACAUUCCUACCCCUAUAAUCACGUACCAGAGCUACGACGUGACACCUCUGGCUGGGAGGGUGAGACCCUUGAGCCUCGUGGAGAGAUCCUAUGGGGAUCUGACCCUUCAUUACGCCCUGGAGCAGUUCAGUGGGAUCUACGAUGCUGGGAAAAUCAUGGAGAAGUGCGAUGAGCUGGAGAAUUACCAAGCCAGGUCGAAACUAGCUUUGCUGGAGCACAACUACUCGAUCUCGCUGGCUUAUCAGUUGAAGACACUCAAUCCUGAUAAUUAUAAGACUGCUUCGAUGUCUUCCGUUGAUGAUAGAAUAGUGGUGAAUAGAGUGAGUGUGGCUGAUGAGAAGGUCCGUGAGAAUACGGAGCUGUUUGUCAAGCAGAUUGAGCAGAAUAUUGUUGACUCUUUGGAGGAGAGUGAGACUAAGAAACGAGUUAAGAUGUCUACGAGUAAAUCGCUGGACUGCAUUCAACUUAUUGAACAGGAAUUGCAUACUUUCGACUGCCAGGGGGGGUCUGAGGAGCUGUGCGAGGACGCGAAGAGCGAGGACAAUGUCUCCCUGGAUCUCACUGAGGGCGCCCUUGAUAACGACGAGGAGGUGAACCAUUCGAAGGACAGGCUGAACGGGGAUUUGACGAAUGGGGGGCUCCACUCGGGGGAGGAAUACUCCGAACCCUCGGAUCUCAUGACCACUGAUGCCCUCAAGAUCAUUAAAUUUUACAUCAGGGAAAUCGAUGAGACUGCCCACAAGAUAAUGCGACAAGUGCUGCAGACCACCUUCGACUUCUGGAUCAAGAAUAAAUUGGAUGUGGAGGUGCUGGAGGAUCUCCUCCUGGAGAACAUGAAGAAGCUCUUCUAUCCUCUGGGGCUGCUGCUCUUCUGCAGCCAUGAGGUGGACAGCUCGACUCCCAGAGUCAUCGAUCAUGUGUCAGCGAAAUUCAGUCUUCAAGUCAGCAGUUUAAUUCUUCGUCAUAUUGACGAGGGGAAACCGAGUCUCGAGUACAUCGAGAUGUUCUCAAUGCUCAUGGACAGGAGUUAUGAUCCACCGAUUAAUGGGUAUCUCAGCUCGAAGGAGAGCAAGACACCUGGCGAAAUGAUGGAGGACAUCAUCAGCACCAUUUCCUCGAAGUCCAGUGAUCCAAGACCUUUUAUUCACAUUAGAGAUCCCGAGGAUGUCGCGCAAUUCCUAGAGUCCGAUGAGGACACCAUUGUCUUCACCUGUGGCCAUCAUUUCUCAAUGUCUAUUUAUCAAUCCGAGGUACUACCUAAUAUGGAGGCUGAACUACUUGUUGCACAGCCACUACCACUACCGUGCACAGCGCAAGUAUUGGGUAAUAUGCUUAGUCGUGUUUGUAAAACAGAUAUUCUGUGUCCUCGGUGCGUCCCACGGGCGAUACAAACAGCCGCUAAAACUGUCAUGGAGAGAUAAUUAUUCCUCGGUGAUUCAUUGGGAGAGAUAUCAAGGACAAGUUUUCUUUUUAUAAAAAUACGUAAGGCAAAUUUUUCUUUUCGUUUGUCGUGCAAUAAAUCUUUGAAUUUAGAGAGGUCGAGGUUGGAAUUGUUGGGGAUUACAUGCGUGAAAAAAUUUAAUGGAAAUGGCUAGAGAAGUUCUAUUGAAUUCUGUUGGAAAAUUUGAUUUGUUUUUUUGAGUCAUUUCGUUAAGGGAUAUUUGAUAGAAAAAGUCAAUAGGUUAUUAUUCUCCUGGAGAAAUUCUUGAGCGUAAAAUUUCUGAAUUGUUCUCACUGUAUUUUCGCUGUAUAUUCAUUUCUCACGAUAAAAUUCAAGAAAAAAUUGGAAUUUUUUUAAGGAAACACUAUUGUUUCGAUUAAAUUUUUUCAUACGUGUGCGAUAGAACACUUUUUGUAUUUUUUAUUAGUCAUCCUGCGCACUUUGAUGGUAACUUGCAGUGAUUUCAAAACAUGUUGAAGAAGAAAAUUCAUUUGAUUGUCAUUUCACAUUUCGCUAACGACAAUUGAAUGAAUAUCGUUUUCUUUUUCGCCAACGUGGCUUGAAAUCAGUGGAAUUUAUGGAGAUGAACCAGAAUAUUUUAUGGUGACGUUUAUUAUUCAGUCUCACACGCACAGGAGAUGAACUUUUACAUCCUUUUGAUUUCCAAAACUUCGUUGGACUUGUAACAUAGUUAAUUAGAGAAAUAAUGAAACUAAUAUUAUCACGAAAUUGUUAUUAUUGAAAUUUGUUAGAUAUGUGCAAUGAAUUGAUUACCGAGGUAUUGAAGUUGUUAUUAUUUCACUGGUAAUUACAAUGUCCUUUUAACUUCGAUUAUAAUGAAAUCCACCUCAACUACUGAUCAAUGGGUAUUACUAAUACGUACUAGUCAACGGUUUUUAUCAACAGUAAUCACUGACGAUUAUUGUUGAUGUUUGUAUUAUUCUAGUGAACGAGAAAAAAAUCGUAAAUAUAUCUCGAAUGAAUUAAUGUCAGACUAACGAAAAUUGAAUUGUAACAAAGAUGAAAGAACAUUAAUUUAAAAUACGUAGGUGAGAAAAUUUAUUAAAUUUGAGGAGAGGAGAGAGAAAUUGUGAUGAUACUGAAUACGAGAGGGGUAAUAUUUAGGCAUAAUAAUGAAGAUAAUACUUUAAAAUCAAUAAAAAUUUAUGUACAAAAAUUAAGUCUAUUCAACAGACUCAAUUACAGAUAAUCUUAAUAAUAAAUUGAUGUUACAAAGUA